AUGCCUAGUACUUCCAGCAGAGAUCGUUCCGAUAGAAAAGACAAAGAUAGAAAGGAAAAAAGAGACAGAAAAGAAAAGUCAGACAAGUCAGAAAGAUCUUCUCGCAAGAGAGACAGAGAUGAGAAAAGAUCAAAAGAGAUCCAAGACGAUGUCGACGUCCCUUCCAAGCAGAGCUCAAGAGUCGCUUCUGUUGAGUCGUCAGCUGCCAGCACUCCUGAACCUGAAGCCAAGAAACGUCGUAUUGAAGAUGACUCACCAGCAACAACCGUUGUUGAAGAAGGAACAAGAGGAGGUGAAGAUGAUGAUAUACCUGAAAAUUUGCGUCUAAGUAAUUUCCGUAUCUCUCAAGGCACAAUCGACAAUCUCGCCGCCAAAGGUAUCAAAUCAUUGUUUGACAUUCAGGCUGCCACUUUCAACACGAUUUUCGACGGCAAGGAUGUUCUGGCCCGUGCCCGUACUGGUACUGGUAAGACUUUGGCUUUCGCUAUUCCUGUCAUUGAAAGGUUAGCUUUGGAUACUUCUUACACUGUUCGUCGCGGUCGUGCUCCUCGUGUGCUUGUUUUAUGUCCUACUCGUGAUUUAGCCAAGCAAGUCUGUGGUGAUUUUGAACAAGUUUCCGGUAAUCGUUUGAAGACUUUACCUGUUUAUGGUGGCGUUCCUUAUCAAGAACAAACUCCUGUUUUCAGAGAUGGUGUGGACGUCGUUGUCGGUACUCCUGGCCGUAUUUUGGACCACAUUAAAUUUGGGAAUAUGAAAUUACACGAUCUCAAAUUUAUCAUUUUAGAUGAAGCAGAUGAAAUGCUGGAUGCUCGUGGAUUUGAAGAAGAUAUGUUCAAAUUGUUAUCUAAUAUUCAAGAACAAAAGGAAUCUCGUGACUAUCAAACUUUAUUGUUUUCCGCCACUGUACCUGAAUCCGUUAUGGAAACGAUCAGACGUUUCCUCAAGAAAGACUACGAACGUAUUGAUUUGAUCGGUAACGCCAAAAACAGAACGAAUACCAACAUUCGUCAUAUUGCCAUGCCUGCUUCUUAUCAAACACGUGCUGAUAUUAUUGGUGAUGUUGUGAAUGUAUAUGGUCGUAGUGGCUUAACUGUUAUUUUCUGUGCCACUAAAGCUGAUGCAAACGAAUUGGGUGCUCACGAUAAGAUCAAACAAGAUGCAGCUGUUCUGCACGGUGAUAUUGCUCAAAGCUCUCGUGAAUCCACUAUGAAGGCUUUCCGUGAAGGCAAAUACAAGUGUAUUGUCUGUACUGAUGUGCUCGCGCGUGGUUUGGAUAUUCCUCAGGUCGAUUUAGUUAUCAAUUGCCAACCUCCCAAAGAUACUGAAUCCUACGUCCAUCGUUCAGGUCGUACCGGUCGUGCUGGUCGCUCUGGUGUUUGUGUAACUUUCUUCAAGCCAGCUGAGGAAGGCCUUUUGGCUUAUAUCUCCAAACGUACCGGCGUCAAAUUUGAACAGUUAUCUGCCCCUCGUCCCGAAGAUAUCAUUGAAGCUACUACUGAAGAAGCUUUCAAAUCUAUUGAUAUGGUCAAGCCUGACGUCUUACCCUUUUUUGCUAAAUCUGCUCAACAGUUGAUCGAAAAGCAUGGUGCUGAGAACGCCGUUGCUGCUGCAUUAGCUUUUAUGACCGGUUACCAUCAAGGAGUUCCAAGCCGUUCUCUUCUUACUUCUCGUGAGGGUCAAACCACUCUUUACUUUGAACUCUCUUACACCAUUCAACAUCCUGGCUAUAUACGUAAUAUUUUGAACCGUGAAUACCCCGAAUUUACCUACGACGACUUCAAAGGCUGGCGUAUGACUCAAGAUGCUAAAGGUGUCGUCGUCGAUGUUGCCUCAGAAAAGAUUGAAGUACAAGAGGAUGGUACUGUGUUGUUGGCUGGUAGACCUUGGGAUGCCCGCGGUAUUACAUUAACAGCUCCUUCUCAAUUACCUCCAUUACAAGAAAGAGAUAAUAACAACAGAGGUGGAGGUGGUAAUAAUUACCGUGGAGGCAAUAACGGUUAUAGAGGUGGAAAUAGUAAUGGCUACCGUGGUAAUAACAAUAAUGGUUAUCGUGGUGGCGGUGGCUACCGUGACAACAACAGCAAUGGUUAUCGCGGAGGAAAUGGUGGUGGAAACAGAAACUCCUAUGGCCGUUCAACUAGAUUUUAG